AGUUGCUCACACUUUGCAGCUUUCUGACCUUUUGUUGCGAAAUUCUUGUUUUACCGCUAUGAAGCAAAUAUACUGCUGCUUAUUUGUCGUGCUUACGACACGGCUCGUCCUGUGCCGCACGGCAAAUCCAACAACGGACAUCCUAAAUUUCGACGACGAGCCGUUACCGUUAAACGUCACCGCUAGUGGAGCCAGAAUGAAGGGCGAACGGAACACCACCACCAACGCAACCAUUAAGAACCUGUUCAGCGAAGCGAUAACCGGCUACCGGCCUGCCAAGGCAAACACCUCCGCCGAACAUAUUCCGUACGAAAACCACCACAGACCGACCAAGCCGAAAGGUGGCCGCCCUGACCCGCCGCCAGUGCAUUCUAAUCACACUGGCAAGCAUUCGCCCUAGCGCCUGGAACAGCGUCCAUUAAUGGGCACCUUGUCCGUCAUCGAAAAUAUUUUUCCGAUAGCAGUUAAGAGUAUAACGUUGAGCGUUUCGCGUUGACAGCCUUCCAUGUUCAAGAUUUUAUAUGAGUUAAUGUGAAUCACUAACCUGUAUUACCCUUUUCCCGAUUCAGAAGGCAUAUACAUACUUAAGCUCUGUAGUUAUAGCGAUUUUACGACUCGCACUGAUCAUGAAGUGCCCUUUAAUAGUUCUUUUGGGUGAUUAUUUUUCAGUUCUUCAUACGAGUACACAAGUCGUAGAUUGUCAACUUAAUUUUGGUCUGAAAGAGUUGCUUUGG